UAAAAUGUGAUGUGACUUUGAUGUGACAACUCAUUCUAAAUGUUAUCUGCAACGUCUUCCAGACACUAUCUGAGCUUACCUCAUCAGCUACUUUUAUCUGGUGUUUCAUUACUCCAUUUAUGCAACUUCAAAGGAACAAAGAACAUGGCCAGUAGUUUAACAGUUAAAAUCAGAUGUCAUUAUAAUUAAGACAAACAAUCAUCAAAAACCUUCUGAAAAAUAGUAGUAAAUAGUAAAACAUUCUGCACACCACUGACCCACACAGUCCCAAUCCUCCACAUAGACUAUACAUGCUAUCCCACACCAUGACCCAGAGUGACCCCCAUGCUCCUCGUGGGACCAACCCACCCCAGAACGUCGUCUGUGAUUGCCCUCAGCCAACUUAUGUCCCUCUCCAAUGCUACCAACCAACAGCUGGCUACAGGCAGCCAGGAUUCCCUCAUGCAGGCCCAGGUUUUGCCCCUGGUCCUUGCCCCCACAUGCAUUACCCACAGAUGCUCCACCCACAAGCAACUUACUAUCAGGCGCCCUUUCACCAAGGACCAACUAGGACAGAGUUUCGUGGAGACCCCACUGGAGGACCUUCUGGCAGAUCUGGAUAUUAUGGUGAUGGUCAUUCAUCUCAGUACAACUACAAACAUUGCCAACCGAUCACUGAAGAGGGCUUCUGUGUUGUGUUUGAAGAUGUAGCUGUCAGACAGGCCUUUAUCAGAAAAGUCUUCGUGAUUCUCACAAUGCAGCUUCUGGUCACUUUUGCUUCUGUUGCCUUCUUCACUUUUUACGAUGAGGCCAAGACCUUUGUAAGGGAACAUCCGUGGACGUACUUUCUGUCUUAUGCAUUCUUUUUUGUCCCACUGAUCCUCCUCAGCUGCUGUGGGGAAUUUCGUCGCAAACACCCCUGGAAUCUGAUUGCACUGUCCUCAGACGUGUGUGAUCCAGUCCACAGCGAGGUGUUGAAGUUGGGCUUUUUUCAGGAGGACUAUUCUGUCAAUGAUACGACACAGGGAAGGCCAGGCCAGUCCAGACCGGUCCAAACACAGAGAAACCUAUACCACGUGAUCAACAGUGCACUACUGCAACAGCUCAUUCUGACACUUAGCCUCUCCUACAUGGUGGGGAUGAUCGCAAGCUAUUAUGACACAGAGAUUGUCAUCUUUGCGGUGGGCAUCACUGUGGUGGUCUGCUUCACUGUAAUCCUCUUCUCACUCCAGACCAAGCUGGACUUCACUUCCUGGUAUGGUGUGCUGUUCGUGUGCAUGGUGGUGCUGCUCCUUUUCCUAAUCCUCUGCUUCUUCAUGAGAGACAAGUACCUGUACAUUAUCUACUCCACGCUGGCAGCUCUGCUCUUCACCUGUUUUUUGGCUGUGGACACUCAGCGUCUCCUCUGUAACAAGAAACUGUCCAUGAGUCCAGAGGAGUAUGUUUUUGCUGCCCUGAACCUUUACACAGACAUCAUCAACAUCUUCCUCUCCAUCCUGAUGUUAACUGGACAAACCAGGGAAUAAGACUGCAUUUGAAAGUACUUCAAGUACUUUAAGCUCAAUGGUUUUUAUUCUGUUUUUUUUUUUAUUUAUUCUACAGCGCUUGACUCUUUAUUUUCUCAAAGAGUUUAUAAUAAUAAGUUGUGCAGGUUGUGAUUUAUGUGCAGUCUAGAUUUAAAUGAUGUUUGUCUUUCUACAAAUCCUCAUUUUGUCUAAUUAUGCUGCUGAUGUGAGGUCACUCAGCAUGACAAAGAGGGAAUCAAAAACAAUAAAUAAUGACAGUGAUUGAUCCCAGUGUCCUUUUAGGAUAUGUUAUAAUUGCCUUCACUUUCAUAGGGCUAACUUUAACCUAAUCUGUAUUUUUAUUUUUUUUAUUCUAUUGUUUAUAUGUUUAUAAUGGCUCUUAUUUCUUAUUCCUUGAGACUUAAUAGUCAUGUCAUUAGCAACCACUUUUGAAAUAAUGUGAGUUGAUAUCUUUGUUCUACAAAUGUCAAGCUAGGUAUUUUGCACACACACAAAAGAAAUAAGCCAUUAUUUCUCAAGUGGCACUAAAGCAAAUGGUCACAAAACAUUUAAGGUCAAAUUUCAAUAUUACAGAGGGGGUUUGUUCCAUGCUACUGGAAAUUAACAAUAUUGUGUAAAAGAACACUCUUUAUUUUAUAGUGCAUUUAGUGUUUUAUUAGACAUUCCUUACAAAUAGUGUUAAAAAAAAAAAACUCUGGAUAAUCUGAACACCGUUGUACCAAGCUUCAUAGGAAUUUAAAUCAGAUAAUGUAAGCUUUAGUUUUACAUUGCUGUGGAGAGGUAUGAAAGAGUACUCAAGGUAAAAACAAUUACUUAAAACCAAAGUUACUGUACUCAACUACAAAUUAAGUGUUCGGACACA